AUGGUGAUAGCUGCGUUUAAGCUGACUCUUGCAAAUGGUUACGUGAGGUCAUGUCCUUCUGAUUCGGGGACGGGCAGGCAUAGGGGGGUUAAUGCUAGAGUAAAGAGAACCUUUAGGCUUAGAUUAGGGAGCUGGAAUGUAGGUACACUUAAGGGAAAGCUUUUAGAGCUAGAAGACGCUUUGGCUAGGUGUAAAAUAGACAUUGCGUGUUUUCAGGAAACUAAGUGGACAGGUAAAAGCACUAGAGAUGGGAAUGGAUUCAAGCUUUGGUAUUCUGGAGCGCCUAAGUCGAUAAAUGGAGUAGGGAUCAUCAUAACAGAUCAACUUAAAGACUUUGUAGUACAUGUGGAAAGACACGAGGAUAGGUUGAUGUUGGUGAGAUUAGUGAUACAAGAGGAGACGAUAAAUGUGAUCAGCGCGUAUGCCCCACAAUCGGGCCGGAGUGAGGGAGAGAAGAAGAGAUUUUGGGACUCACUGGAUGAGCUCGUAAGGAGUUGCCCGGAUGACCAACGACUAGUUUUAGGAGGAGACUUAAAUGGGCAUAUAGGAGUACAGUCAGACGGCUACCCGGGUGUACACGGGGGUCUAGGAUUUGGUCGGAGGAAUGAUGAGGGACGCAGGAUAUUGGAUUUCGCUUUUGCGCAUGACCUGAUUAUAGCAAACUCGUUCUUCCGAAAGAGGAAAUCUCAGUUGAUUACCUUCCAGAGCGGCGGCAAUGAACCGUAG